AUGUAUGCCCUCGAUGGUGCUGGGGGGAUUCCUAAGGUACUUGGGUACUGUCCAAAACCUCCAGCGAUCCUCCAGUCCUUCAGGGGUAAGCUCACACUCAACCACCUUCUCUCUGAAGAUAACCUGAUCUGCCAAUAUGACCUUAUACAACUGGGGCUCCUCCUUGGUGAGAAAAUCCUUGAGAUGAACACGAAAGGUCUAGCACACAAUGACAUCAAGGAGGAUAACAUAAUGAUCCAAGGGCCCUCAUCCCGGCCAGAGGUCAGCCUCAUUGACCUCGGUCUGGCCUGUGAGAUCGGUAAGUCUUGUAAAGUCAGCGCUGAUUGCCUACACGAGGACUUCCCCUGGAUGGCCCCUGAAGUCUGCCGUGGGUUUAGGACCACCAAGAAUUCAGAUACAUAUUCUUUCGGGUUUGUCCUGAUGGAAUUGAUCAAGGAGGCCCCAGGGGACCAUCCAGAGGUCACAAAACUCGCCAAGAAGGCCAUGACCAAGCGCCGCACUGACCGGCCAUCACUACCACACCUCCUCCGAGAAUUCCGAGAAAUCAUCAGUUGA